ACAGUUGAUUGCCAAAUGCAGAACUACUUUUUUAAGGGCGUAGAACUACUAAGGUGUUAUAAGGCAUGUAAACAACCUCUCCAGCUGACAGAGAUACUGAUCAUCAUGUCAAGGGCAGCAGGAACUCUAGUGACCACGAACAAUGCCACCUAUAUCCCACCACGGUUUAUGCCGGGAUACCAAGGACACUGUCCAACCACAAAGUAUGAUUAUGGUGAAACAUACGGAAAUGCAACACAAAAAUAUUUCCAGGAUUAUCGAUCAAAAACCUUGUCAUGUUCAGCUGACCCACUGUGCAAAGGUGGCGAGUUUCCAACAUACUAUACCCACAAACCAGAGACUGUCAUCAGCGCCAGAAGCCGAACGCGUGACAGAUGGCUAAAUGCUCCAAAGCAUUCCCUGACAAAUAUAGAUCAUGACAGGAAAGAGGAACUCUACCAAUUUGAUAAACUUGGGCAAAAACACAGAGAACACUACACUGACAGAAGUGGUACAUCAAAGCGUGUUAAUUACUUUAUGUUACCCGUUGGUGCAGAAGAUCAACUUAGGCGUAAUGUGCCUUUCAUGAUUUUGUCUACUAGACACAAUGAUGAAAUCAACUUGCCAUUCUUAAUGCAUGAUGCUCGACGUCUUCCUCUGUUGAGACGUGUGGCCCCAGACUCCUCCCAGCGAGAUCGGGAAAUGCGGGAUGUCUACUUUGAGAAGAGAUAAACAGUUUAAUAUUAACACGAAACGGAAGUCUCGUACUCACUGUGAUAUCACUCAGCUUUCAGAAAUCGUUUGUUUGAACAUUUUAUCAUGCAUUUUGUAAAUGUCUACCGCAAUCAUGUAAACAAAUAAGUCUUCAAUGUUUGAAACCUCUGCCUCAUAAGUCAAACCUAUUUGUUAUUGUUAAAACAUCUAUGUACAGUAAUUAUAUACACCAUUUUAUAUUUAUUAUUUAGUCAAAUAUAUUACUUGGGUACAUUUCUUUUUUGUAUUUCCAUGAAAUGAUCUAAAAACAUUUUGUGUCAUUAAGUGUUGCUAUGGGUGUUUUUCUCCUUUUACUUUUGUACAAUUCAUUGAGAAUUUAUAAUUUCUUGUUAUUUAAAAGAUAGAAGUGUUGGUAUAAUUUGAUGGCAUGGCUGUCAGUGUUAUGCUUGCUAUUAAAUAGACAAACUGUGUCUUCCAACUAAAUUAAAAAGAAUUAAAAAAAAAAAUUCUUAAAACUAUCACCAAGAUAAUUACCAAUAAAAAGUAUCCACAGAAAUUACUGGAGCAUAUCUGAAGAAUUUCCAGUAAUGUAAAAGAUAUCAAGAAAGUAUUAGGAUUUUAAUUUGUAUUAGUACCUGUGAUUUCUACAAAUGUAUAUGAAUUGAUCAGAUUAGACAUACAUGUAUUUUGGUUGUUUUUGUAGUGUAAAUCUAUUUUUGAUAUUUUUAACUUUAAUGAGUGUAUUUUAUUAUGUAUUGGUUCAAUCAACUUCUCCAUGUCAACAUGCAAGUGUAAAUCUGUUUUAUAUUUUUCUUUAAUUUCCCAUUCAAGGGAUACUCUGGUCUUUCACCUGUUCUCAUUCACCUUGUUCAUAUACAAAUUUAUUGUCUAUUGUGGAAUAAAAUGAAACUAUUAAUUUUUAAAAUAUC